AUCAGACCCCAAGUUACAUAAAGAAAUGAGGUAAAUACUGUAUGUUUAACAGUCAAGUAUUAAGAUUGAAGAUGAAGUUGGCACCAGUGUAUGCUAAUGCUGCAGAUUUAAAAUGAUCUUUCACCUGGAUUGAAAUAUGGCAUGACACCACUCCCAUUUUGAAAAAAAGGCAGUUUAACAGUUUAUUUCCUGGUUCUUUCAUUUAAACCUCAGACACAGUCCAACCCACUGCAUUGUGAAGUUGAGGAGUCGACAAAUCAACCUGCUGAAGUUCAGUGAGAAAGACACAAAUUCUGGUUUGGUUUAUUUUGCAGCACAUCUAUUUGCAAAAAAGGAAAGGAUUACUACCGACGUACAAAGGUGAAAUGGCACAGAGACGAAAUCAGACAGCGUCAGCUAAAUACUCCUGUUCCAUCUGUUUGGAUCUACUGAAGGAUCCGGUGACUAUUCCCUGUGGACACAGCUACUGUAUGAACUGUAUUAAAUGCCACUGGGAUGGAGAAGAUCAAAGGAAAAUUCACAGCUGCCCUAAGUGCAGGAAAGAGUUCAUACCAAGGCCUGUCCUGGAGAAAAACAUCAUGUUAGCUGAUUUGGUGGAGGAUCUGAAGAAGACUGGACUCCACGCUGCUCCAGCUGAUCACUGCUAUGCUGGACCUAAAGAUGUGGCCUGUGAUUUCUGCAGUGGGAGGAAGAUGAAAGCUGUCAAAUCCUGUCUGGUCUGUUUGGUUUCUUAUUGCCAAAAGCACCUUCAACCUCAUUAUGAAUCACCUACAUUUAAAAAACAUAAUCUGGUUGAAGCGUCUACUAAACUUCAGCAGAACAUCUGCUCUCGUCAUGAUGAGGUGAUGAAGAUCUUCUGCCGUACUGAUCAGCAGUGUAUCUGUUAUCUCUGCACUAUGGAUGAACAUAAAGGCCAUGAAACAGUCCCAGCUGCAACAGAAAGAGCUGAGAAGCAGAAGAAGCUCCAGGAGAGUCGACAACAAAUCCAUCAGAGAAUCCAGGACCAAGAGAAAGAUGUGAAGCUGCUUCAACAGGAGGUGGAGGCCAUCAAUGUCUCUGCUGAUAAAGCAGUGGAGGACAGUGAGAAGAUCUUCACUGAGAUGAUCCGUCUCCUCCAGGAAAGAAGCUCUGAUGUGAAGCAGCAGAUCAGAUCCCAGCAGGAAACUGAAGUGAGUCGAGUCAAAGAUGUUCAGGAGAAGCUGGAGCAGGAGAUCACUGAGCUGAAGAGGAAAGACGCUGAGCUGGAGCAGCUCUCACACACAGAGGAUCACAACCAGUUUCUCCUCAACUACCCCUCACUGCCAGCACUCAGUGAGUCUACACACUCAUCCAGCAUCAACAUCCGUCCUCUGAGACACUUUGAGGACGUGACAGCAGCUGUGUCAGAGCUCAGAGACAUAAUGCAGGACGUCCUGAGAGACACAUGGACAAACAUUUUACUGAAGGUCACUAAAGUGGAUGUUAUACUGUCAGAACCAGAACCAAAGAGCAGAGCUGAAUUCUUAAAAUAUUCACAAAAAGUCACUCUGGAUCCAAACACAGCACACAGGAAGCUGUUUUUAUCAGAUGGAAAUAGAAAAGUAACAUCAAAACUUCCCUCAUCUUCUGUAUUGCGGUAUCAUUUCAGUGAUCCAGACAGAUUCACUGAUUAUAAUCAGGUUCUGAGUAGAGAGAGUCUGACUGGACAUUGUUAUUGGGAGGUGGAGAGGAGAGGAGGAAGAGUUGCUGUAGCAGUUUCAUACAAGAACAUCAGCAGAGAAGGAAGGUCAGAUAAGUGUGCAUUUGGAUUUAAUAACAAAUCUUGGUCAUUAUAUUGCAACAGAAACAUUUACACUUUUUAUCACAACAACAUUGAAACUCCAGUAUCAGGUCCAGUUUCCUCCAGACUAGGAGUGUACCUGGAUCACAAAGCAGGUAUUCUGUCAUUCUACAGCGUCUCUGAAACCAUGACUCUCCUCCACAGAGUCCAGACCAGAUUCACUCAGCCUCUAUAUGCUGGGAUCCGACUGUUUGAUGAGGCAGAUUUUGCUGAGUUCAUUAAAGUCAAAUAGAGUCAGAACAGCAUAAAUGAACCAGUGACAUAUUCACACCUAGGGACUGCGGGAGGAAGCCGGAGUACCCAAAGAGAACUCAUGCAUGCACAGGGAGAACAUGCAAACUCUGUGCAGAAAGACCCCGGGCCGGGAAUUGAACCCAGGACCUUCUUGCUGCAAGACAACAAUGCUACCCACUGCACCACUGUGGAGUCCACAUGAUAAAACUUAACACAGAAAAUAUCCAACGUUGAACUGGGCGGAGAUUUUAGCAAGACAGGACACAUAACUCUGAGGGAAAGCUCAUUAAUCCAAGAGUAACAGAGAGAAAACUGGUUUUACACGUCAUAAUUAUAUAACUUCUUUCCCCAUGCAACCUUCAAGAAAAUUAAUCAUAAUAUCAAAGUGGUUCUAAAUACUGAAAUGCAUUUUACUGCAUUUGAAUCUAUUUGAAUGGAUUGAUUAUGUAGUUUUAAGUCUGUUUGUCUUUUAAAAAGUACCUUAAGACAUUUGUUGUAAGUUUCCCCAAUUAUAAAGCAAUGAAUAAAAUGAAAUUAAAAGGAUGAAUGUGACCUAGUGAUUUUAAGGCAUCAGGUGUAUAAUUUUCCAUCAAUACCUCUUCAUUAACCACUACCUUAUCAUGGAGUUCACUCUGCAACAACAACCUCUGUCCUCCAGAGUACUAAUAACAGCAAUAAAAGCCACUCCCAUCUGUCAGUUAAACAGAAGGGAGUGGCUGAUAGCAGCUCCAGCAAAGGUACGUGUGACAUGUUCAUUUCCCUAAAGGAAGAGUCACACAGUAUUACUGAAACUCUGCAGCAGAAAGAUCAGAUGGAUUCUGCUAAAUUAACUUGUUGUAUUUGUUUGGAUCUCCUGAAGAGUCCGGCGACUAUCCCCUGUGGACACAGCUACUGUAUGAACUGCAUCAAAUCUUGCUGGGAUCGGGAAGAUCGGAAAGGAGUCUACAGCUGCCCUCAGUGCAGGAAAAAGUUCACAAUGAGGCCUGGCCUGGUGAAAAACAUUGUGAUAGCAGAGUUGGUGGAGGAUCUUAAGAAGACUGGACUACAAGCGGCUCCGGCUGAUCACUACUAUGCUGGACCUGAAGAUGUGGCCUGUGAUGUCUGCAGUGGGAGGAAGAUGAAAGCUGUAAAGUCCUGUCUGGUCUGCUUAGCCUCGUUUUGUGAGAAACACAUCCAACCUCAUUAUGAGUCUUUUACUUUUAGUAAACAUAAACUUGUUGAAGUUUCAGCAAAGCCCCAGCAGAACUUCAGCUCUCGUCAUGAUGAGGUGAGGAAAAUUUUAUUUGAUAAAUAUAAAAGAGAUCCAAAUGCAGCAGAAAGGACAGAGAAGCCGGAGUUUGAAGUAAUGCGACAACAACUCAAGCAGAGACUUCAGAACCGAGAGAAAGAUGUGAAACUGCUUCCGCAGAAGAUGAGAGGCAUCAGCGUCUCUGAUGAUAAAGCAGAGGAGGACAGUGAGGCGUCACUUCCCUCCUCUGACAAAAAGAGGGUGAAGAGCAGACCUUUAUCAGUGCCGUUACCUCCUGGUCCAGACCCAGUCCCAGUUGGUGGUGUCUCUCCAAACAUGAAGAAAUUGAUCAAAAACUUCAACAAAGACAAACCAGCACCUGUUCCCACCUCCAUUCCAACAAAGAUUUGUGGGAAAUGUGGCAAGGAUUUGUCCAGCACUCAGCCAGCUUUGAAGGCAAUGGGCAAAGCCUUCCACCCCAGCUGUUUCUGCUGCAUGAACUGUCACCGCCCCUUGCAGGGCAUGCAGUUUUAUGACAAGGAAGGCUCACCAGAAUGUAAACGUUGCUAUGUGACUUCCCUGGCUUCCUGCUCUCAAUGUGGAGAGAAAAUCACUGACCAUAUCCUGAAGGCCAUGGGAAAGUGCUUCCAUGUCCGAUGCUUCCUGUGCAGCACCUGCUCCUGCACACUGGAUGGACUCCCAUUUAUUGCAGGUGAAGACAACAAGCCCUACUGCGUACAGGAUUACCACAAGCAUUUCUCUCCUCAGUGUGAAACCUGUAAAGAACCCAUUGUUCUGGCUCCGGGCAGUGAGGAAAGGGUAAAACUGGUGGCUCUGGGAAAGAACUACCACAUCGAGUGUUACCAAUGUGAGGACUGUGCUCAUCCAUUUUCAUCUGAAGUAGAUAAAUAUCAAGGUUAUCCUCUGGACGGCAGGUUUCUGUGUAUUAAGUGUCACACUAAGAGAACCAGGAAGUGAUUGGCUGAUGCAGGAUCUUUGGGUUGGACUAAAUUUAAAAGCAUCUGUAUUCAUUGAAUUCCUAAUUUCCCUUCACAAUUAUUUUUGAUAACUUCAUACAAGUUCUGCACUGAAUUAAUACAUGUUUGUUGCAGAUCUCAUAUAAGUCUUCCAACCAAGUUUGUUGUUAAAAAUACAUCAUGUUUUAAUGCACUUAGUAGAUUGUUGAAUACAAAUACUUGUUUUCAAAAACACAUAGUCAAAUUCAACAAUAUGUGUUCAGAUGAGGCUCAUUUGUCUCAUUAAAAGUACCAUUUUGACAAUAAUCUUUAAUUGGGUGUUAGACGUACUUUUCAUUAAGUCCAUAUUUCUGUAUUAGAAUGUUUGUUUUGCCUGAUAUAAUAUUCUAAUCUUAAAUGUCAUGUUUUUUGUUAGCUGUAAGCAUAAAAUCAUCAUGAUCAAUAAAAAUCGAGGCUUGAAAAAAUCAUUCUGUGAGUAAUUAACAACAGUUAGAGAACUGAAAAUUAUACUAAGAGUAUUGCAGCAUAUUUUUGUUGGUCGUCAAAAAGACCAACUAGAUGAAUAUACGGGUUCUGGUACUUAGAGUGACAAAAUAAUGAAGUAAAAAUAAACUUGAAUAUAAAAUACAUAUUUCA